AUGUCCCAAUACAUGUACACCAGCUUCGCCCCCGUCCCUCCUAUUCUUUCUCGCAUCGAGUCGACCAGGCCAAAGACUGCGACUGCAACCUUGACCCCAAACAAGAGCAAACAACAACAACAACCACACACGGCGUGCUGCAACUACAGAUACUAUUACCACUACCACUACUACCACUACUACUACUCCUGCAUCUGCCACUACAACUCUGUCAACAACAUCAACAAAACCCCCCGCUGCCGCCCACGCCGCCGCCGCACCACCCACCCCGUCUUCCUCUUCUUCGUCCUUCUUCUCAAAGGCCAACCCGGCGGAUUCUUCGCGCAUACCGUCGCGCCAACCAUCAUCAAACAGUUCUCACUUUGGUCAGCAGCAGCACCAGCAGCACCACCACCACCCCGCAACCCGUCUCAAGCAUAUCCGCACAUCGUCAUCGUCCUCGGCGUCACGCUCCUCACACGAGACCUCGCUCACACCCACGUCAACGACCCUCUCGACUGCGUCGCCCAUUGA